AUGACGACAGCAGUGAUUGUAGCUUUACACUUUCAAUCUAAUCAUAUUGCUCCAAAAUAUGAUCGUGAUUUUACGGAUGUAAAUGAUAAUGGAGAAACUUUUAUGCGGGGAGAUUUUAGGUAUAAACGACCUUGUGGUUGGAAGAGAUUUGCUAUCAAUGUUCUUGAUAAAUAUGAAGAUAACAUUUGGUUAGGUGCUGAUAAAAGUAGACAAUUCCCAACAAGUUCAGUACAAGAUGAGUGGCCAGUAUCUUAUCAUGGAACUGCCGAACAUAAUUGUAAUUCAAUCGCUAGAGAUGGAAAUUUCUCUUGUAAGAAACCAUUACCAUUUGGAUACAGAUUUUAUUCCACUCCAGAUAUUGAUGUCGCAUCUAAAUAUGCCAUUAAAUUUACUUAUGAAGGAGAUGACUAUCUGGUUGUGUUCCAAAAUAGAGUUAACCCAGAGAAUUUGAUUAGAAUUUCAAAUAUAGAAACUGGAAUCGGUGAAUAUUAG